CCUCUCUCUUCAUCCCUCUUAGGAAACAUAAAAAAUUAGUAGUAGUAGCUGAAAAUGGAAAACUUAAUCUCUACUACUUCAUCAACUUCACAGCCUAACGCACUUCAAAAAAUCCUUCAGUACAUCGUUCAUAGUCGUCAAGAAUGGUGGGUUUAUUCCAUCUUCUGGCAAGCGACAAAAGAUGUUAAUAACCGCUUUAUCUUAUCUUGGGGCGAUGCCCAUUUUCGCGGAACUAAAGACAUAAGUUCCGCGAAAACUGGCCAUCAACUUCAAAAGAAGUUUGGUUUCGAAACCAACGUUACAGAUUCUGAGUGGUUCUAUAUGGUAUCUAUGCCUCAGUGUUUCGUGGCCGAGGAUGAACUCGUCGUACGAGCUUAUUCCUCGGCCACACACGUGUGGCUGGCUAGUCAUUACGAGCUGCAGCUAUACAAUUGUGAGAGAGCUAAAGAAGCUGAUUCGCAUGGAAUUCGUACACUAGUUUGUAUUGCUACUCCUUGUGGUGUUGUUGAAUUGGGUUCCUCCGAUGUUAUUCAAGAAAAUUGGGAAUUUGUUCAACUUAUCAGGUCUCUAUUUGGAUCUAACAAUAACAAUAUAACUUCUCAUCUACCCAUCAAUCAAGUUACAUUGCGAGAUCAUCAGAAGGAAAGAGAUGGAUCACCACAACAAGAGCCAGAUAAGAGAAAGCAAGAAAUCGUUACUGAAACGGCGAUAAACAAUAUCAAUCGGUCAAGGAAACGUAAGGCUGAUUCGAGCAGUAUAAUAACAGGACGAUCAGAAAUGGCGAUGAAUCACGUCGAGGCAGAGAGAAUAAGAAGGGAAAAAUUGAAUCAUAGAUUCUAUGCUCUAAGGAGCGUUGUUCCAUACGUAUCCAAAAUGGACAAAGCUUCUUUGUUAGCAGAUGCAGUUACUUAUAUCAAAGAACUCAAAGCUAAAGUUGAAGAUUUAGAAUCCAAAAUCCAGUCCCAGAAACCUAAGAACAAUCUUAUGGAGCAACACGAUUCUCAUAGUGCAUCUUCUGCUGUAUUUGAUCCAGCUAAUAAUAAGUCAUUUUCCAGUUCCAACGGGGGACGAAAUGGAAUGGAAAUCGAAGUUAAGAUUAUAGGAACAGAAGCCAUGAUUAGGGUUCAGUCUUUGGAUGUAAAUUACCCAUGUGCAAGAUUGAUGAAUGUGUUUAGAGAAAUGGAGUUUCAGAUUUACCAUGCAAGUGUUUCCAGUUUUAAAGACUUGAUGCUUCAAGAUAUCGUGAUUAGGGUUCCUGAUGAAUAUUCAAACAAGGAAGCCCUAAAAUCUGCUAUCAUGACAAGAUUAUGUGGUAUUGAUAAUUAA